AACACUGUUCACUUCAUUCUAAUUCCAAGUCGUCACACGAUAGGUUUUUUGGAGGUAUUUUUCUUCCGUCAGUUUGCGUGCAGUAGGCAACACCAAGUAAGAUGACCUCGAUCGAUAACGAUCCACUGUUUACAUCGUUGUGCAACGAAAAAACACUCCAAUCGCAGAAGGAAGGCUUCUUCAAUGAGUUUUACCAGUCGGUUGCGGAAAAUUUUACCGGCAAAAGUGCCCGCUGGCUGACGGAGGUGUACCAGAAGUUGUCGACGGACAAGGAACGGUUGCGCCUGAUCUACGAAGAUCCGGUCGUUGCGUAUGAGGUGCAGGGUACGCUCGAGCACGUAGAACCCGUAUUUCGGGCAAAGGAUGCAAAGUUUUCCUGGCAGCGUCGGGAACAGGCGCUUAAGUUGCUCGGCGAGAACAAGCUUCAGCAGGCGCUCAUAAUGGCGUGCCAAGCGGUAAUGCGUGCUCCCGAUCAGGGUGUGGAUCGUUACAUUGACAAGGGUUUAACGUUGGCGCUUGCACUGUGGACACGGGCCGAGGUGUUCAUACGCAUGCUGGAUGGUAAGCGCGCACUGCAGGAUCUUCAGCUUGCCUCCAAAUGUGGUCUGCCGGUAAAGCAGAACGCAGACUAUUACGCACGAGUUGCAAAGUGUUACGCACUUUCGUGUGAGAAUGGACGUGCGGAGGUGGCGACUAAAUUGUUCCACCAGCUGUCUGGUCACAAUGAUUACGCUCUAACGCGACUGAAGGAAGAUUUGGAGGAUUUGCGAGUGCUGAAGCAGGAAACACCAUCGGUUGAGGUGGAACGAACCUUACCCAAGCUGGCCGGUGAAGGACAAAGUGCCGACAUUGUUGGUGCAUCUACCAAGAUCAAGCUGGCCGGUAGUAAGGAAGAUGCGCGCGGUCGUUACGUUGUCGCCGCGGCAGAUCUCGGUCCAGGUGAGGUAAUUCUUACUGAGCAGGCUUAUGCUGCCUGUCUCUAUACGAAAUACCUUGGAACGCACUGUAGUGCAUGUUUCACCAGGUUGGUAGCACCCGUCGCCUGUCCAGAUUGUUGCGGAGUUGCAUUCUGCUCGGUAGCCUGCCGGGAUAAGGCUUGUGCCACGUACCAUCGCUUCGAAUGUCAAUAUCUCGAUCUAAUGAUCGGUUCCGGCAUGUCGAUCCUUUGCCAUGUCGCUUUGCGCAUGGUGACGCAGGCUGGCACGCCUCAGAAAGUGAUCACAGAGGGUCACAUGUUGCGUGACACGUUUUGUGCUCACACCGAGCAUCGUGACCCGGAGGAUCACUUUAAGCGUACGCUCAUGACGGCUUUUCUGUUGCGUUGCCUACAGAAAGCAGAGUUUUUUGGUCGUCGUACAACGGAAGCACCGGAACCGACUGAACAGGAGCUGGAGGUUGGUGCGGUGCUGCUUUCCGCACUGCAAUCGCUUCAGUUCAACGCACACGAGGUGUACGAAACGCGCAUCACCGGUGAGCAUCGGUUCGAUACGGCUAAGGUGCAGUACAUCGGGGUCGGCAUCUAUCGCGGUGCCUCGAUGUUUAACCACGAAUGCUAUCCGGGUGUAACGCGCUCGUUUCUCGGCACCUCGAUGAUACUGCACACUAGUCGACCGAUACCGGCCGGUGCUGUUGUGCCGGAAAACUACGGUCUACACUUUCUGCGACAGCCGAAACCCGUGCGACAGCGGAAUUUACGAUCACGCUACUGGUUUAAAUGCGAUUGCCGUGCGUGCACCGAGGAUUGGCCACAGAUGGAUAAGCUACCGGCUAAGCCACGGUUGCGCUGCCCCACUGGAGAUUGUGGUAAUGCACUUGCCUACCAUAGCAAACCAUCGCAGCGAACGGUAAAGUGUAGCAAGUGCAAGAAACAGAUCAACCUGGAGGCGAACAUGAAAAUGCUCGAAGCGAGCGAUCAACUGUGCACUACCGGGGCGGAAAUGAUGGCGUCUCAUCAGUUGGAGGACGAGCGCGUUGACGAAGCGAUCGAAUUGCUGAAGAAGGGCAUCACAUUGUUUGCUCAGGCGGCGGUCCCACCGCACAAACCAGCACACAUUGCCGAGGAAUCGUUGAGAUCUUGCUUUGCCGACAAGGGCAACGCCAAUCGCUACUGAGUGUACAUUAGCAACGAAAGGGAUACUAAAUGGGCCACAUCUCAUAUUAAAAACAAUCACGGAAUCUUUAUAAAAGACACCAAACAUGUUGGCACACUAUUCUAUUUCGAAAAGAACAUUUUUACACUGUAGCACUGCACCGUUUUCUUAUGUAUGUAUUGUUCAGUAAACGGAGUGGCGAGUUGAUUAUACCAUCACUUGAAGCACUUCACUUUCUAAUA